GAAAGCGAUAUUAGAUAAAGACAUUAGAGUCUGUCUGCCAGUCAGCUGUUAACCGACCGAGUAGAGGAUUUGUAUUCAUCACUCACCUCUCGCACACACACUUGUUGGACAUGGGGUUCCUUCUGACCAAGAUGAUGGCUGUGUUCGGUGACAGAGAGCACAAAGUCAUCAUUGUGGGUUUGGACAAUGCUGGAAAGACAACUAUCCUCUAUCAGUUUCUGACAAAGGAAGCCGUCCACACAUCACCAACCAUCGGCAGCAACGUCGAGCAGAUCACCAUACGUAAAACACACUUCUUGAUUUGGGAUAUUGGAGGACAGGAGAGCCUUCGAGCCAGCUGGUACUCGUACUACGGCAACACGGAGAUUGUCAUUGUGGUCGUGGACAGCACCGACCGUGAGCGCCUCACUGUCACCAAAGACGAGCUGCACCGAAUGCUCGCACAUGAGGACCUACAGAAUGCCUCCAUUCUUAUUUUGGCCAACAAACAAGACGUGAAGGGCUCCAUGACGGCGGCAGAGAUCUCCCAGUGCCUCACACUCAACUCCAUCUCAUCACACUCGUGGCAUGUUCAAGCCUGCUGCGCCCUGACAGGAGAGGGUCUACCUGCCAGUCUGGACUGGAUGAAGUCACGAGUUGUUGCAAACUAGAACACGCACCUGUGGAUCAAACUUCCUCAAACUGAGCCAACCUCAAAGACACUGAGUCAGGAUUACUUUCAGUGUUUUGGGGCAAAGUCCUGUGAACAUGGCGUCUGUGAUAGAGCCUGCCUCGCCACACCUACAUUAUGAGCUGUAGGCUGUGUGGGGCUUCAGGGUGGGAUGAGCAACAGAGAAAUCUGGGUCAUCUUGGAGACACUGCUCCAAAUAUCAGUAAAUUCAGACUCAAUAUGUUGAUGUUUGUACUGUGCAGACACAGCUUGGUUAUAUUUUAAUAAUCUGGUUAACUGUUUUUCUCAGUUGUGGUUACGUAGAUGUUCACAAUGAGGGACUGUUGUGUGCAUUUACUGUAAAUUUCCCUGUAAAGAGGUGCCUCAUGUGCAUGUUAGACAUCUGACCUGACCUGUAAUAUCACAUUCCACUCAGGUCUCACUGGGAUUCUUUCAUUUCACCUGAGAUAAAUAAGUGACAGUAUCAAGUUGUACCAAAGAGGUCACAACCCACACUUCAAAGCCAGAUCACAGAUGAUAACUGGUAACACUAAAGCAUAUAUUUUAUGGGUAAAGUCUUGGUUUCCUCAUAUUUAAAUGUCACUAGGCUGAUCUGGUGCCCUUUCAUUCCUCCUAUGCCAACACAUUAAGCUUUGAACUGACAACCGCAAUCUCAUUUUGACCUUUGAUUGGUGAUUUAUGACAUUCUUAAUUCAUCUGAACGACUUCUGCCGCAGAAUUUAGUGCCUUGCUAGUUACAAAACAGCUUUCCAAUCACAACCUUACUUCUAGACGCUGCCUAGUAUUAUGUUUCUAUCAUGGUGGACUUUACCACAGCUGAGAAGAAACUAUAAAGCACAUACUUCAGAAACUCUGCCAUGCUGGGACACAAGUCUGCACCUGAUGUAUAAAAUUAUAUUUUAUGCCAUUGAACAACAGGACGCCUUUGUAAGACCUAAACAUGUUUAGUAAUUUAUUUUAGGGAAAAGAAAAGCUCUUAAACUGUUUACCUGGAUAAUAAAAAGAGCUAGCUGCUAAUGACUAUGAGUCAUAUUUAAAAAGUGUGUAUUAUAUUGUGUAUUUUUUUUUUAAAUAAAUAUUAUUAUUACAAAUA